AUGUGUGACCAGCAGAAGCAGGCACAAGUAUUCCCAUCUUGUGUGAAAGGCUCUGGACUGGGGGCUGUGCAAAGUACCCAGGGUGCCUCAGUGAAAGGCCCAGCUCCUGGAGAGAUGCAAGCCAUUGGUGGGACAGGCCUUGCUCAGGCCUCUGCUCAAACCUAUGUGAAGUGCCUGGCUCCCUGCCAGACCACGUAUGUCAAAUGCCCAGCUCCCUGCCAGACAACCUAUGUGAAGUGCCCAGCUCCCUGCCAGACCACAUAUGUGAAGUGCCCAGCUCCCUGCCAGACCAAGUAUGUGAAGUGCCCAGCUCCCUGCCAGACCACGUAUGUGAAGUGCCCAGCUCCCUGCCAGACCACAUAUGUGAAGUGCCCAGCUCCCUGCCAGACCACGUAUGUGAAGUGCCCAGCUCCCUGCCAGACCACAUAUGUGAAGUGCCCAGCUCCCUGCCAGACCACGUAUCAGACCACGUAUGUGAAGUGCCCAGCUCCAUGUCAGACCCAAAUGUACUAUGUCCAGUGCCCUUCUCCCGGCCAGAGCUCCUGUGUCCCAGCUCCUGCACAGGGCUCAGCCUCCCAGGCCUGUGCUUCUGACCCAUGCUCUGCACCUUGCUCCACCAGCUAUUGCUGUCUGGCUCCCCGGACCUUCGGGGUGAGCCCCCUGAGACGCUGGGUCCAGCGGCCCCAGGAUUGCAAUCUGGGAUCGUCUGGUUGUUGUGAGAGCUCCGGGGGCUGCGCCUCCGGCUGUGGCUGCGGCUGUGGAGGCUCUGGGUGCUAUGGCUCUGAAUGCUGCUGUUUGGGAAUCAUCCCCAUGAGGUCCCGAGGUCCUGCAUGCUGUGACCAUGAGGACAACUGCUGCUGCUAA